UAGUUGAAGUCUGACGCAGUAUAAGGAAAUAUUGCAAAUAUGGGACGCUUUCUUGCCUGUUUUAUUUUGAUGUUUUAUUUGUAUAAGACGUGGGAGGCAGCCACACACCAAUGCCAUGGGCACCAUCAGUGCACCACUGUCACCUGUUCCAGUUUCAAUUCCAUCUGUGUCCAUGGGGAAUGUCGUUGCACUGAUAUAACUGUUGGAGGAAUCCCGUGCGUUGCGCAUCAUCAUGUGGCUAACACCCAUGAUCCAAAUUGUCAAAGUGCGGGUAUCAAAUGUUCGGACGGCCAUAGCCCAGGCUGCCACAAGGGACACUGUUCAUGCACUCAUGAUUCCUUUAAUUGCAGUGUUGUAAACGAUUGCAUAGAUGGAGUAGCUGCCCAUAAACUUGAAGAUUGCGUUAAUGUUGGUGGAGUACACGGAUUUUGGCAUUGUGCAGAGGAACUGUGUAAAUGUAUCUUCUUUAAUCACACAGACUCCACUUUAGUGGGAUGAAACACGAUAAAGUUAAAGUCAUUGACAAAUUAACU